CCGCCCCCGCCGGAGCGCGGGGCACGAAUCUAAGACCAAUUGGCCCCAAGUCAGGGCCAGCUCAGUCGCCGCCGCCCGCCCACAAAGCCACAGGCAGGUGCGGACGCGGCCGCAGCGCGAGCAGUCAGCGCGGAGCCGUUAGCGAGCGCGCGGUCGUCCCUCCGUCCGUCCGUCGGGGCGUCAGACCGUCGGCGCGCCGCAGUUCCUGCCCAGGCCCAGCGGCCGCGGCCCCUCGUCGUCCCUGCACCCGGAGCCGCCCGGCAGAGCGGGCUUUGGAGCGGCAGCCAUGUCCAUGGGCCUGGAGAUCGCGGGCACCUCGCUGGCCGUGCUGGGCUGGCUGGGCACCAUCGUUUGCUGCGCGCUGCCCAUGUGGCGGGUGACGGCGUUCAUCGGCAGCAGCAUCAUCACGGCACAGAUCACCUGGGAGGGCCUGUGGAUGAACUGCGUGGUGCAGAGCACCGGCCAGAUGCAGUGCAAGGUGUACGACUCGCUGCUGGCGCUGCCGCAGGACCUGCAGGCGGCCCGUGCCCUCAUCGUUGUCGCCAUCCUGCUGGCUGCCUUUGGGCUCCUCGUGGCGCUCGUCGGCGCGCAGUGCACCAACUGCGUGCAGGAUGACACUGCCAAGGCAAAAAUCACCAUCGUGGCGGGCGUGCUUUUCUUGCUGGCCGCCCUGCUCACCCUCGUGCCGGUGUCCUGGUCGGCCAACACCAUCGUCCAGGACUUCUACAACCCCCUGGUGCCGGAUUCGCAGAAGCGCGAGAUAGGCUCUGGCCUGUAUGUGGGCUGGGCGGCCGCGGCGCUGCAGCUGCUGGGGGGUGCGCUGCUCUGUUGCUCCUGCCCGCCGUCUGAGAAGAAAUAUGUGCCGGCCAAAAUCCUCUACUCGGCCCCGCGCUCCGCUGGGCCAGGCACGGGCACCGGGACAGCCUACGACCGCAAGGACUACGUCUGAGGGGCAGCCGCGCUCCACCAGCCCACGUGCUGGUGCACCCACCAGUCCAGCGGGCCGCCUUGCAUCGGAGACCAGCCUAGCCCAGAUGUCAGACACCCCUUCGCUGAACUUCGAGGGGCCGGCCUGUCGCCCCCUUCCCGAGCUGCCACACCCUCUGCGGGCAGGGAACGGGACAGUGGAGCCUGGGGACCGGCCUGCAUAGACAAUGAAACCUCCCCCUCUGGAGUUCGGGGUAGGGUGGCCGCGGCUACUUGCCCUCACCCUCGGGCCCCGAAGCCCUUGUUGGGCAGGCACCGGCAGCCUUGAAAUUCUUCAAGGCUACUUGAUGUUCUUCAAUAAAAGCCUUUCGUUUUGCA